AUGCAUAGGUUAUUGGCUAUUGCCGACAUUCACCUGUCCUUCAAGACUAACAAGGACGAGUGGGCCAAGCUUGCGCAUAACAAAGAUGAUGGCCUGAUAUUGGCUGGUGACGUCGGCGAGACACUUGACCAUGUAAUUGAAGCUUUCAAGAGAGCUACUCGGCGUUUCAAGCAUGUCUUUUGGGUACCUGGAAAUCACGAGCUAUACACAUCAAAUGGAGCCAAUAUCAGCGAAGAAGAGAAGGCUUUGAGGGGUGAAGCAAAGUACAAGGCUUGCAUCAAGAUCGCCCGCCAUUAUGGUGUACUAACUCCCGAGGACGAUUACAUGACCUGGAAAUAUACGGAUGCGGAGGGUAAAGAGUCAUCGGCGCUGAUAUGUCCUAUAUUCACUCUCUACGACUACAGCUUCCGUCCUGCGCAUGUCUCUCGCGAGGCAGCAUUAGCGUGGGCGCUGGAGGAGGGUAUCCAAGCGACAGACGAGAAUUUACUCCAUCCGGAUCCAUACUCCACUCGUGAUGCAUGGUGCACGCGGCUAGUCUCAGAAGCAGAGGGAAAGCUCAAAAAGGCGGCGGAGACAGGUCUGCCGCUUGUCAUCAUCAACCACUGGCCGCUGAGGGAAGAUUUGGUUUGGAUCCCACGAGUGCCUCGCUUUAGUCUCUGGUGCGGCACUAAAGAGACUCACGAUUGGCACACGCGGUUCAACGCGAAGGUAGUCGUGACUGGGCACCUUCAUGUACGAAGAACCGACUGGAUUGAUGGAGUGCGUUUCGAGGAGGUCAGUCUUGGUUAUCCUCGACAGUGGCAGACCUACAAAGACAACGGAAACGACAUAAAUACGAUGCUGAGGGAGAUCCUUCCUGGACCACCAACUCCAGAGCCGGGAAAGGAGCCCAGGACGGAAAUGAGGCGAUUCGGCCUGGGGCCCACAAGCACUGCAUGA